AAACAAGAUUCAUCAGUACCUGAAGAAACAUUCAACAGCUUGUAGGCAUUGUAUUCCAUUUCUUUCAUCAAAAAUAAAAAAAAAAUAAAAAAAAUGAAGAAUCAGCUACUUGAACAAGUUAUUGGAGUUCCAAUCAAAGCAACAACAUAUGGAGUUGAGAGAAGAACAUCAAGGCAAUACUUACCUGAUGCUGCUGGUCAAUACCACAUUUCAUCACAAGGGUCAACAAAAAGCAAAGGAAACUUUGUACUUAAAAGGAUGAACUUGCUAGGGAAGAAAGCUGAUACAUUCGCCCAUGGCGUCCGAGAGCAUGUUAGAUUGGGGACAAAGAUUAGUGAAACAGUGAAGGGAAAGUUGAGUUUAGGGGCAAGGAUUCUUCAAGUAGGAGGGUUGGAGAAGAUUUUCAAGCAAUUGUUUAGUUUCAGAGAAGGAGAGAAGCUAUUGAAGGCUUGCCAAUGUUAUUUAUCAACAUCAGCAGGCCCUAUUGCAGGCCUACUUUUCAUUUCGUCUGAGAAGGUUGCCUUUUGCAGUGAGAGAUCAAUCAAAGUCCCUUGUGCAAAUGGGGAAUAUCUGAGAGUCCAUGACAAGGUUGUGGUUCCACUUGAGAAAAUAAAGGGAGUAAACCAGAGUGAAAACAUGAAGAAACCAUCGCAGAAGUACAUGGAAAUUGUGACAGUGGAUGGUUUCGAUAUCUGGUUCAUGGGGUUCUUGAAUUAUCAUAAAGCUUUCAAAUGUCUACAGCAGACAAUCUCACAGAGACUGGAUGAUGUAGACACUUUCUAGAUGGCUUGAACAAAUGUUUCAUGAGAUUUUUUGUUGAUAAAAUGUGGAGGAGUAACAGUAAACCACUGUAACAAAUGUAAAAAAGGUUGUUCUAGAUUGAAUAUAUGAUCCUUGAUUAAGGAUCAAAAUUAAAUCCUAUUUAUGUUGCAAUCUAACCCAUCAAUUUUUUUA